GGUCCAGAAGGCACCGGGACCGACGGGGAUCCAGGUGUACUCCGUGACUGCGGGGAACCGAAACGGGAGGGGUGAUACGGAACCGGAGGAACCGGCGCUUGGUAUGCCCCGGGGCUGUGGGGUGCGCCAGUAUUGGGGUGGAUCGGGAAAGCGCGCUGGGAUCGAGGUGGUACCGGGACCUGGGGGUUCCUGUGGGAUCGGUGGAGUCCGGUACCGAGUAGGACCGUGCCUGGGAGGUUCGUCCGUGUUGGGGAAACCGGGACGUGAGGGUUGGCCUGUACCGGCGGAGCCCUGCCGAGGGUACCCAGUGCUGACAGUGGCCCUCAGGUGGCCCCCGGUGCUGGUCCCGUGCGCAGCCCCGCGCUGCAUGGACUGGUACAUGAUGAACUGCGAGCUUCUGGCCACCUGCAGCGCCCUGGGCUACCUGGAGGGCGACGUGUACCAUCGGGAGCCCGACUGCCUGGAGAGCGUCAAGGACCUGAUCCGGUACCUGCGCCAUGAGGACGAGACCCGGGACGUGCGGCAGCAGCUGGGGGCUGCCCAAAUCCUGCAGAACGACCUCCUGCCCAUCCUGGUGCAGUACCCCCAGGACAAGGUGCUCUUCGACGCUGUCAUCAGGUUGAUGGUGAACCUGACUCAGCCAGCCUUGCUCUGCUUUGGGAAGGUGCCAGCAGAUGCCACCUCCCGGCACCAUUUUCUCCAAGUGCUGUCCUACCUGCAGGCCUACAAGGAGGCUUUUGCCAGUGAGAAGGUGUUCGUGGUGCUCAGUGAGAAGCUCUACAAUCUCCUGCAGCUGGACUGGGAGCAGCGACAAGAGGAGGACACGCUGCUGAUCGAGAGGAUCCUGCUGCUGGUGCGCAACGUGCUGCACGUGCCCCCAGACCCUGCAGAGGAGCAGCAGGGUGUGGAUGGUGACGCCAGCGUGCACGACCGGGUGCUGUGGGCGCUGCACAUCAGUGGGAUGGACGACCUGCUCAAAUUCCUGGCCAGCGCCCAGGUGGAGCAGCAAUGGGCCCUGCACGUCCUGGAGAUCAUCUCCCUCAUGUUCCGUGACCAGAACCCAGAGGAGCUGGCGGCGCUGGGACAGGGGACAGCAGGGGCCGAGCACGGGGAGGACACACGGGAGCUGGAGACCUUGAGGCAGCGGGAGCUGGCAGAGAAGAGAGCCCGGGCACUGCAGCGCACAUCCAGGCAUUCCCGCUUUGGGGGCUCCUACGUCCUGCAGGGCCUCAAGUCCAUCGGGGACCGGGAUGUGGUGUUCCACAAAGGGCUGCACAAUCUGAAGAACUACACCCACGACCUGGGCAAGGAGCCCCAGAAGGUGCCUCGGCGCCGCCAGGCCGCCCCCGAGUCCGAGCCCUCGCGCCGCUCCGCCCGCAACGUCCGGCUCUUCCUGCGCCACUUCUGCCAGGACUUCCUCGAGGGCUGCUACAACCGCCUGAUGCUGCUGGUCAAGGACCAGCUGGUGCGGGAGAAGGCUCAGCAGCACGAUGAGACCUAUUACCUGUGGGCCACCGCCUUCUUCAUGGCCUUCAACCGGCGCCACGGCUUCCGCCCCGAGCUGGUGUCCGAGACCGUGGGGGUCCGAGCCUUCCACUUCAUCGAGCAGAACCUCACCACCUAUUAUGAGAUGGCACUGAUGGACAAGAAGGAGGCAACAACCUGGGCACGCAGGAUGCACUUGGCCCUGAAGGCCUACCAGGAGCUGCUGCGGACCGUGCAGGAGAUGGACCGGUCCCCGGAGCAGGCGGUGCGGGACAGCAGCCAGGUCAUCAAGAGCAACAUCUUCUACGUGAUGGAAUACCGGGAGCUCUUCCUCGCGCUCUUCCGCAAGUUCGACGAGACCAAGCAGCCGCGCAGUUUCCUGCGGGACCUGGUGGAGACCGCCCACCUCUUCCUCCGCAUGCUGGAGCGCUUCUGCCACGGCCGUGCCAACCUCGUGGUGCAGAGCAAACGUGUGCGGAGGAAGAAGAAGAAGCCUCGAGCGCCCGCGGCCCCUGCCCAGCCCAGCGCCGCAGAGCUGGAGCAGCUGUGGGAAGGGUUGGCCCCGCAGCUCCAAGCCUGCCUGGAGGGCGAGGUGCCCCUCCCUGAGGACAUGGUGCCCUUCGACGCCGCCUCGGAGACGCCGGUGGAGGAGCAGCGCGCCGAGGCUCUGCUGCGGAUCCAGGAGUGCCUGCGGGAUUCCCGCGUGCCCCAGGCCCUGCGGCUGCUGCGCUCGGCCAGGGAGGUGUGGCCUGAAGGGGACGUGUUUGGAGCAGCGGAUGCGGGGCCGCCUGAGGAGACCCAGCUGCUGCGGGAGAUCCUCGUCGCUGCCCUGCCCAGGCAGGCACCCACCGAACCUGAGGAGCCAGAGGAGGAAGAAGAGGAGGAGGAGGAAGAGGAGGAGCAGACCGUGCAGGUGUCAGAGAAGGAAUUCAACUUCCUCGACUACCUGAAGCGGUUCGCCUGUGCCCCCGUGGUGCGGGCCCUGGUGCUGCUGCUGCGAGGGUACGCCCGGAACAGCCCCCACACCAACCACUGCGCUGCACGCCUGCUGCACCGCCUGGCCCGCGACCUGCACAUGGAGCCCCUGCUCUUCCAGCUCUCCCUCUUCGCCCUCUUCCACCGCCUGCUCAGCGACCCCGCGGCCGCCGCGCACCAGGAGUUGGUGACCUUGGCCAAGUUCAUCCUGGGCAAGUUCUUUGCGCUGGCAGCCACCAACAAAAAGGCCUUUGUGGAGCUGCUCUUCUGGAAGAGCCCGGCCGUCGUCUACGAGAUGACCAAGGGCUACAGCACCCUGCAGGAGGGAGAGGGGAUUACCCGGAGCCGGGUCCCCCCCUGGACCCCGCAGGAGGAGCAGGAGCUGCGGGAGCUGUACUGGAAGUACAAGGAGGUGGAAGGUGGGGACAUCAUCGCUGCCAUCCUGGCCCAGCUCCCCACGCCCGGGCGGACGCGGAAGCAGGUGGUGAAGCAGCUGGUGAGGAUGGGGCUGGCCAACAGUGCCAAGGACUUCCCGCGGGAGAGGAAGGGCACCAGCAUCGUGCUGUGGACGGAGGAGCAGGAGGAGGAGCUGACGCGGCUCUUCGAGGAGUUCCAGGCCUCGGAUGACAUCCUGGGGAACAUCAUGAAGCACCUGACAGCGCGGCGCUCGCGCGCUCGGGUGGUGGAGAAGCUGCUGGGGCUGGGGCUGGUGGCUGAACGCAAGGAGCUGUACAAGAAACGCAGGAGGAAGAGCCAGGCCCCCGACCCCGGGCAGGCUGCCACAGGUGUCCUGGCCAUGCCAGCUCAGGACAGCUCAGGAGAGGAUGAGGACAGUGAGGAGGAGGAUGAUGAGGAUGAAGCAGAGGAAGGCCCCAUGGAGGAGCAUUGGGUGCCUGAGGAAGGGGCUGGGCAGGACCUGGCACAGCACCUGCAUCAGGAAGGCCUGGCCGGGCCCCUGCGGUGGCUGGAGAAUUGUCUGCGGAGGGUGGCAGGGGACCGUGAGGAGGACGGUGUGUCCCACCCGGUGCCGCUGGUGCCGCUGACGGAGGAGAACGAGGAUGCCAUGGAGGACCGGCGCUUCCAGAGCCUGCUGCGGCAGCUGGGGCUGCGGCCCCCCGCCAGCGAGCAGGAAUCCUUCUGGCGCAUCCCGGCCGCCCUCACCCCGCAGCAGCUCCGGCGUGUGGCCGCCUCCAUCGCCCACCGUGGCCCCCCAGGGCCCCCCCAGGACCUGCCAGAGCCACCCAGGUGCCCCCAGGACCUGGCUCCAGGUGAGGGGUGGGGCUGGGGAGGGGGUGUGGGAUGCCCAGGUGUGGGGCUGGCUCUGAGCCGCCCUCCUUGUGCCCCUCAGCAGAGACGCUGCCGGCAGGGCUGGGAUCAGACUCGGAGAGCGAGGAGCCCGUCCCUGUCCCUGUCCCCAGCCCAGUGCAGCCGCGCUCCAAGAGGCGCCGGGAGCUCGCCAGCGAGGAUGAGGAUGGUGGCACCUCAGGCACCGAGCCAGCCCCUGCAGCUCCCUGCUCUGAGGAGGAUGAGGAGGAUGAGGAUCCCCAGCCCCGGGGCAGGCGGAAGCGCAUCCGCUGCCUGGAGGAGGAAGAGGAGGAGGAGGAGGAUUGAGUGGUUCCCCCUAUCCUGCCUGUGCCUGGGCCCUGUGGUGUUUCCUGGGCUAUUUUGCAGAUUUUACUGGAUUUCUGCAGUUUUUCUGGGGUUUCUAAAGGUUUUCUGGGGUUUCUGCAGAUUUUUUUCUGCAGGUUUUGAUACUGUUUUUAAAGGCUGCACAAACAACCAAUUUCUCCACCUUCCUCCCUUCCCCUGGUGCCACCAUCUCGCUGUUUUACCUCAAAUUCCCUUUUUCCUCAGCUGCUUUUUUUGUUUCCCCUAAAACUUUCUACAUCUGCACAGGGCCUAAAUAAAUAAAGGUGACUUUUGGCCUU